AUGACAGCACUGCUGACUCUACUGAACCAGGAUCGGAGACAUGGUUGGGGUGCCCCAAUCGAGGCCCUUGUGUUCCUCUUCUGGCUGGCGAGUGGAGCAGCCUACAGGGUUGUGUCCAGGGUGUUCGCAAUACCCCAUUCCACUGUCCACCGCAUCGUGCACAGGGUCACAGAGGAGGUGGUGGCCACGCGCCAUCAGGUCAUCCACCUCCCACGGACCCCAGAAGACCAAGAUGCCAUGUCCAAUGGGUUUGCACAGCUGGCAGGCCACAGGGCCUUUGUGAAGGCUGCUGGUGCAAUUGACUGCUGCCAUGUCCGCAUCAACAAUCCCACCAGCGGUCCUGACGCUCAGUGCUACAGGAACAGGAAGUUGUUCCCGUCCAUAAUCCUGCAGGCGGUUUGUGACCAUCAGGGCUAUUUCAUUGAUACAUAUGUGGGCUGGCCGGGGUCAGUGCAUGACUCCAGGGUGCUCCGCAACAGCCCAUUUACCCUCCUCCAGGGCACUUCAUCCUUGCAGAUGGAGGGCACCCAUGUCUCCAGCAUCCACUCCACCUCAUCACUCCCUACAAGAGGCCAGUCCAAGGUGUUGGAGCCCUGCGCUUUAACUCCCAUCAUUCCAAAGGCACGCUCUAUUAUAGAGCGUGCCUUUGGAAUGAUCAAGACAAGGUUCUUCUUCUUCCUCCAAGCGCAGGAGGUGCACCACACCUUUGUCCCACAUGUCAUAACAGCAUGUGCCAUCCUGCACAACAUCUGCCUUGGUGUCGGGAAUCUUGUGGCCCUGGAGGAUGAGUCCGAGGAUGACGCGCAAGAGGGGGAGGCUGGUUUGGAGGCAGGCAGUGGUGCUCUCUGGUGGGAUUCGGCUAUCUGCAGAGGUGUCUGCCCUGGAGGGGGUACCCCUGGACCACGAUUAUUGUUAGAAGGCAGGGACAUGGCAGCUGUCAGUUAA